AAGAUGCUGUGACGUCAGAAGGAGCUGUCGGCUCGCGCACCGGUUUUUCCAGGAUGAGCAGUGGAGGAGGCGAACAGAGCUGCUGCGCCACAGCCAGAAAACCCCCUCAGGGGGAGGAGGAGGAAGACUUCUUCGACUGUGAGGAGGACCUGGUGCCUCCUGGAGCCAGAGAGAACCGGCACGACAGAACCGGGGCUGACGGGAGGCAAGAUGGCAGUGGAACAACAGGACAGGAGGAGCAACAGCAGGAGGAGGAGGUGGAGAACCACAGGCUGCAGGAGGAGAAUCAGCAGGAGGAAGAGCGAGUGCCUCCUGGAGCUACAGACUCCCAACAAGACGGAACUGAAUCUGACAGAGCAGGAGGGGUGGAGGAGGAGGAGCACAGGCUGCAGGAAGAGGAGCAGGAUUCAGACUCAGAACUGAAGGCGGAGGUCAGCCCAGCUGUUGAGUUUGACGACGACCACCUGAGGGAGAUAGAGAAAGACCUGACAGAGGAGGAGAAGGAGAGUCGACGGCAGGAAAGUCUCACACUGAAGGAGGCGGGAAACAGUCUGUUCAAGGCAGGAGACUGGACAGAGGCUGAGCGGAGCUACACCGAGGCGCUCACGUUGUGUCCGGUCUGCUUCAGUAAAGAGCGAUCCAUCCUGUUCUCCAACCGAGCGGCUGCCAGAGGACACCUGGAUCUGAAAGAUUCAGCGAUCUCAGACUGCAGCAGAGCAAUAGACCUCAAUCCAGAUUACCUGCGAGCACUGCUGAGGAGGGCGGAGCUCUACGAGCAGACGGACAAGCUGGACGAAGCCCUGGAGGACUACAAGAAGGUUCUGGAACGAGACCCGGGCCACAGCGGCGCCAGACAGGCCUGCAUGCGGCUGCCUCAGCAGAUCCAGGAGCGGAACGAGAAGCUGAAGGAGGAGAUGAUGAGUAAACUGAAGGAUCUCGGGAACAUGUUCCUCAGGCCGUUCGGACUUUCCACCAACAACUUCCAGGUGAACCAGGACUCAGCCAGCGGCUCCUACUCCAUCAACUUCGUCCAGAACCCCAACAACAACAACAGAUGAUGCCGAGGUCGCGCCGCACGCCGUGGGGAUUUGUAAAUAACUAAAUGUGGACUAUUCCCUCGCCACGCUAAGCGGAGGAGACGUGUUGGGUUUUCUGAGUGCAGUAAUGUAUCCAGUGGGUGUGAGCCUCACAGGUCUCAGCCCACAGACGGACCGUGUGAAAUAAAAACAGAAC